AUGGGGAGCCACAGAGCGGAGCCCGAUGUCAUCACUGUUGAAUCGGAUGAUGACGAUUUGGAGGAGCCCACUGUAAGCUGUAAAAAGCCUAUUCAGGCUACCGCUUACAAUCUUACGCCUAAAACCGGAGACUCUGGGGCCCAGUCACGCAUAAUCUCGAGCACUCCGGUUAAGGGCGAAGUUGACAGCGAUGAUGACUUUAACGACAACGAGGCGGCUUACAAAAAGUUCAAGGCGCGCAAAUCCGUCAAAAGAAGACAAAGCGCAGCCGCUACGCGCAAGGCCAAAGCUCCCAAGAGAGAGCCUCAAGAUCAAAUAUUUGUGGGAAAGACCAGGCCAGACCGACCUUCGACAAGAUCUAAGCAGUCCUUGAAGCAGUAUGGCGAUGUGUCUUCAGAAGACGAGCUGAUGGAGCACAUGCUGCCCUCCUAUCUGAAACGACGCCGUCUCAUGUUUGACCGAAGGCAAGAGCACCUCCAGGAAUCCGGGUUGAAGCUGCCGCCUUCCUAUGACGAAGUGGACUUCUCCGAUGACGAUCGCCUUGAACAUCUCCAAGAGAAGCCAUAUUUUCCGGGCAGGGAUCCUGUGAGGGAAUACAAAGAUAUCACGCUUCCCUAUUCUCUGGGGCUCAUCCCCGCGCCUAUCGCCCAGUGGCUGCGGCAAUAUCAAGUAGAAGGCGUGGCGUUCUUGCAUGAGUUGUUCGUCUACCAGAAGGGUGGCGUUCUCGGAGAUGACAUGGGCCUGGGAAAGACUAUUCAGGUUAUUUCAUUUCUGACGGCAGCGUAUGGCAAGACUGGAGAUGAGCGAGACGCGAAACGAAUGCGCAAGAUGCGCAGGUCCGGCGAAAGUACUUGGUACCCUCGCACACUGCUCGUCUGCCCCGGCACGCUGAUCUCAAACUGGAUUGCCGAGCUGCAACGGUGGGGGUGGUGGCAUAUUGAUGUAUAUCACGGGCCGAACAAAGAACUUGCGCUGGACGCGGCAAAGUCGGGCAGGGCGGAGAUCCUGAUAACGACUUAUACUACGUACGUGAAUAACAAGGACGCCGUUAACAUGGUUGAGUGGGAUUGUGUAAUUGCAGAUGAAUGUCAUAAGAUCAAGGAACGGACGUCGGAAACAACACAAGCGAUGAAUGUAAUCAACUCACUAUGCCGGAUUGGUCUAACUGGCACUGCUAUUCAGAAUCGAUAUGAAGAGUUGUGGACACUACUCAACUGGACUAACCCGGGAGUUCUUGGCCCAGUGGCCACUUGGAAAGCACAAAUUUCGGAGCCCUUGAAGAUUGGACAGUCGCACGAUGCUACAGUGAACGAACUCAGCAAGGCGAGACGAACAGCCAAGAAGCUCGUGGAGAACUUGCUACCGCAAUUCUUCCUCCGGCGUAUGAAGACGCUGAUUGCAGAUCAAUUACCGAAGAAGAGCGAUCGAGUGGUUUUCUGCCCGUUGACCGACACACAAGCCGAGGCCUAUGAGAAUUUUCUGGACAGUGACAUGGUCAACUGCAUCCGUUAUUCUACAGACCUUUGUGACUGCGGCUCUAAUAGGAAACGAGGCUGGUGCUGUUAUAGAACGAUCCCUGGCACAGAGGUGCCCUGGCAAGCCUACGUCUUCCCUGCAAUCGCUGUGCUACAGAAGCUCAGCAAUCAUCUUGCCAUCCUUAUUCCUCAGGGUAACGACCCGCGGGAGAAACAAGAGAAAGAGAAGGAGAUGCUGCAGAUUGCUCUCCCGCAGCAAUGGGAGGAUCUCUACCGAUCUCGAGAUUCGAUCGUCAACUAUGCAAACCCUGAGUUUUGCGGCAAAUGGAAGGUCCUGCGAAAGCUACUUAGGUGGUGGCACGCGAAUGGUGACAAGGUCCUCGUCUUUUCUCAUAGCUUACGUCUGCUGAGGAUGCUGCAAAUGCUCUUCAACCACACCAGCUACAAUGUCAGCUUUUUAGAUGGAUCCAUGAAGUAUGAGGACCGAGCCAAAGCUGUGGACGAGUUCAACUCCGAUCCCAACCAAUUCGUCUUCUUGAUCUCGACCAAGGCCGGCGGCGUCGGAUUGAACAUCACCUCGGCGAACAAAGUGGUUGUCGUCGACCCCAACUGGAACCCAUCCUACGACCUCCAAGCGCAAGACCGAGCCUACCGCAUCGGCCAGAACCGCGACGUCGAGGUCUUCCGACUCGUCUCCGCUGGCACGAUCGAAGAGAUCGUCUAUGCCCGCCAGAUCUACAAGCAGCAGCAAGCCGAGAUCGGCUAUAACGCCAGCUCCGAGCGGCGGUACUUCAAAGGCGUCCAGGAAAAGGCAGACAAGAAAGGCGAGAUCUUCGGCAUGAAGAACCUCUUCGCCUACCAACACGACAACGUCGUGCUUCGUGACAUCGUCAACAAAACCAAUAUCGCCGAAAGCCGCGCCGGCGUUCAGGUCAUGGACUUCGAGUUCAAGGAAGAGUCCGAGCGCGUCUGCAAAGCCGAGGACGAAGCCAUGAGCCAGCUCGCCGCGAUGGUCCGUGGCGACGCUAACGCCGACGCCGACGGUCCUAAGCCCAAGUCCGAGGCUGCCCGCAACCACGAUCCCGUGCAAGCAAUCCUCGCCGGCGCAGGCGUCGAGUACACACACCUGAACAACGAAGUCAUUGGCUCAUCCCGGGUUGAGGAGCGUCUCAGCCGGCACGCGGCGCAGACGGAGAAUGACCCCGAUGCGGACGUCCAGAUCUUCAUGCCGUCGCAGCUCGACGCUGACGCGGGUCUGGCGUCGCCACAGCGCAUGCCACCGGCGCCGUCACUGUUUCGCGGGCCGGAGGGGCAAGUCGUGCGAUUCGAGUACAAUCCGCCCUCAGAUGUGAAGCGGCGGCAGUUCUGCAGCAUGGCGCGGCGAUUUGGGUAUGGCGAUGCGACGGAGUUUGCACUAGUGGUGGAGAACAUGACGCAGGCGGAGCGGAGGGCUUGUUUGGAUCGAUGGUAUCAGGAGCGGAGAGAGGUCCUGUUGGGGCGGGAUGAGAAAGGGUGA